AACUCAUCAACACAAAGAAAUCCUCACCAAAAAUCCAUUAUUGUAAUCAGCAAAGAAAUCUUUUUUCUCAAUGGGUAUCCUUCAUUUCCUUAUUCCCUCUCUUUGUUGUGAACUAAAAGUCUUGCAAGCCAGAAACAUAGAGCCAAAGUACCCUGGAAAUCUUUUUGUGAGAUACUAUCUUUUUUCAGGAAGCAACAAGAGAGUUCAAGUAGACAGCCAUGAGAUCUCCUCAAAGUUGGACCCCAUUUGGAAUGAAUCCUUCUCCUUGGAAUGCUCGGGAACCCAAGAAUCUAUCAAUGGCCUGAAGCAACAAACCCUAGUUUUUGAGCUCCGUUGCAGGAGCAAAGUGAUGCCAGUUCUUGGAAAGAUGGGGAAGUCAAAGCUUUUGGGAAGAGCUGAAAUACCAUGGAAGGCUGUUUUAGAAUCACCAAACAUGGAGAUUGAGAAGUACUGGGUUACCAUGUCAGUGAAUGAUCGUGUUCUUGAAAGUCUUAAGCCUCCUUCAUUACAAAUAUCAAUGAAAUUAGUUCAAGGUCCAGCAAUUGUGGAAAAAGAGAAGAAGAAGAAGAAGAACAGCUGGGAUGGAUGUGGAUGCAAAGAUGUUGGUGGAGGGUGCUGCAGCUGUGCAGAUUAUGAAAUAUUUGCACUAGCGGCGGCUAUGGAAGCACUUUAGCCGCAAACCAGUUCUCAGCAAAGUCAGAAAAAGAAAAAUCCAAUUAAAAACAAUGUUUAACUUGUUGUUGAGAGAUUCUUUUUCUUUUAAUUAACAAUGUAGAGAGAGAUUCCAUUCCCCUACUCCCUACUUUAGUUUUUUUCUUUCCUUAUUGAUAUUCAUUUUUUCGCCAAA